GGAUAUAUUUUACUUAAAAAUCUGUCCCGCAGUAAAUCAUCGGUUUUGCACCUGUGCUGUCAAGAUGGCAUAUUCCUUCAGUCAAACAGAUAUAGAUCGUUUCAAGGAGUGCUUUUUCUACCAUGCACGUAAGGGAAAUAUUGGAAGUAAGGAGGAGCUAGGGUAUAUCAUGCAGUCACUUGGGUACAGCCCUACCCCUGAUGAGGUCAACAAGUACUACACCUCAUACAGUAAAGGAAGCAACAAAAUGGACUUCGCAUCAUUCCUCGAAGCCAUGCAUGACCAUUCCAAGGUGGAAAAUGUAGACAAAGAGUUGCUGAAUGCCUUCGUGGCACAUGACCAGGAGAAGAAAGGUUAUGUACCGGCUGGUGAAGUCCGAAACAUCCUCAUGAAGAUUGGGAUGCAGCUGUCUCGGGGUGAAGUGGAUGCUUUAUUCCGGGAAACUAAUGUGACACCUGGUGGCCAAAUUCGAUACCAUGACUUUCUGAAGACUCUUCUGAUGCCUGUGCCCGACUAUUGACCAACCAGGUUGUGUUACAUAAGACUAUUAUUGAUGUUCCAAUCAGAAGAGAUGUUACAUGUGGAUAAGAAGACAUUACUGCAGUGUUCAGAAAUCAACCAAUCAGAUUCAUUGUCUCUUAAAAUAUGUUUAGUGCUGUAAUUUGAUUUGUGAGAUCCAUCAAUGUUUUACAGUUUUUAUCUAUGAAAUCACCGGUAAAAAUGCUAUGCAAAUGUUCUUAAGGUUUUAUCACCAAGAAGUGUUUUUACAAGACAGGAAGUAUGAAGUUGGCUUAUUGGUCUAGUUAAAGUGAUUGUGUGAAUGGAUGUGAGAAAUAUUUGUUUGAUGAUAACCAAAUAACGUACAGUAUGAUGCAUCAGAGAAUCUCGCUAAACAAUCUUGUGAUCAGUUCAGCCAAAACCUUAUAUAAUUAUAAGGAUUUUCUCAUACAUUAGUAAGAAAACUGUUUGCAGUUCAAUAACUUGGAUAAAAUUUUCUUAAACUCCAUAUAUUUAGAAUUUCUUUACUUCUUGGAUUUCUCCAUGUGGAUCGAAAUUAUACUUUAUUAGCCAUGAGUGGUUUGGAAUAUUUAUUACUGAGAUGAUGAAGUUUGUUUGAGAGUUUCAAGCACUGACCUAGCAAGGAACAGUACUUCUGCUUUGAGUUAAAUACUGUAAAUGUGCUGAAUUCUGUGCUGUCUAAUUUUAGUGCUGGUAAAUUAGCACGAUGAUGACUUAGCGCAUCCAUUAUGACUUGAUAAAUAAAUAACAUCAAUUGUAAUUGAUAGCAAUGAUGUUUCAGCACUGUAUUUUCAGUGCACAAAGUAUUGAAAUAAGAUAACCUCUUAAAUACUUAAAUAUACAGUACCAAUAUAAAAGACAGCUGUCCGAAGAGGAAAAUUAAACACAGCAUUGCUAUAUUUACACUUGUCAACAUCCUGAGUUACUGUUAAAAUCACUAAUUUUCAUGGAGGAUUUAUUUUCAUUGAUUUCAUAGGUAUUCCUAACCUGCUAACUGGUCCAGGAAAUGUUAAAAUAAGUACAAGUAGAUUUAUUGGAACUAUAUUCACCCACAAAAUCAUGUAUCCAUGAAGAAGCAAUUUUUUUGAAAAAUACAAAAUACAUGAUUUUACUGUAAGUUGUUCUUUGUGAUUUAAUUGCUACUUAUCAGAGGUAAAGGUCUCAUUUUUUGAGAUGUCCCUUAGAACAGUUUUGAGAUGUCCCUUAGAACAGUUUUGAGAUGUCCCUUGGAACUGUUUUGAGAUGUCCCAUAGAACAGUUUUGAGAUGUCCCUUAGAACAGUUUUGAGAUGUCCCUUGGAACAGUUUUGAGAUGUCCCUUAGAACAGUUUUGAGAUGUCCCUUGGAACUGUUUUGAGAUGUCCCAUAGAACAGUUUUGAGAUGUCCCUUAGAACAGUUUUGAGAUGUCCCUUAGAACAGUUUUGAGAUGUCCCUUAGAACAGUUUUGAGAUGUCCCUUGGAACAGUUUUGAGAUGUCCCUUAGAACAGUUUUGAGAUGUCCCAUAGAACAGUUUUGAGAUGUCCCUUAGAACAGUUUUGAGAUGUCCCUUAGAACAGUUUUGAGAUGUCCCUUAGAACUGUUUUGAGAUGUCCCUUAGAGAGUUUUGAGAUGUCCCUUAGAACAGUUUUGAGAUGUCCCUUAGAACAGUUUUGAGAUGUCCCUUAGAACAGUUUUGAGAUGUCCCUUAGAACUGUUUUGAGAUGUCCCUUGGAAUAGUUUUGAGAUGUCCCUUAGAACUGUUUUGAGAUGUCCCUUGGAACAGUUUUGAGAUGUCCCUUAGAACUGUUUUGAGAUGUCCCUUGGAACAGUUUUGAGAUGUCCCUUAGAACAGUUUUGAGAUGUCCCUUAGAACAGUUUUGAGAUGUCCCUUAGAACAGUUUUGAGAUGUCCCUUAGAGAGUUUUGAAAUGUCCCUUAGAACAGUUUUGAGAUGUCCCUUAGAACAGUUUUGAGAUGUCCCUUAGAACAGUUUUGAGAUGUCCCUUAGAACAGUUUUGAGAUGUCCCUUAGAGAGUUUUGAAAUGUCCCUUAGAACAGUUUUGAGAUGUCCCUUAGAACAGUUUUGAGAUGUCCCUUAGAGAGUUUUGAAAUGUCCCUUAGAACAGUUUUGAGAUGUCCCUUAGAACUGUUUUGCGAUGUCCCUUGGAACAGUUUUGAGAUGUCCCUUAGAACAGUUUUGAGAUGUCCCUUAGAACAGUUUUGAGAUGUCCCUUAGAACAGUUUUGAGAUGUCCCUUAGAGAGUUUUGAAAUGUCCCUUAGAACAGUUUUGAGAUGUCCCUUAGAACAGUUUUGAGAUGUCCCUUAGAGAGUUUUGAAAUGUCCCUUAGAACAGUUUUGAGAUGUCCCUUAGAACUGUUUUGCGAUGUCCCUUGGAACAGUUUUGAGAUGUCCCUUAGAACAGUUUUGAGAUAUCCCUUAGAACAGUUUUGAGAUGUCUCUUGGAACAGUUUUGAGAUGUCCCUUGGAAUAGUUUUGAGAUGUCCCUUAGAUCAGUUUUGAGAUGUCUCUUGGAACAUUUUUGAGAUGUCCCUUAGAACAGUUUUGAGAUGUCCCUUAGAACAGUUUUGAGAUGUCUCUUAGAACAGUUUUGAGAUGUCCCAUAGAACAUUUCAAUGUCUCCAUAACAUAGUAAAUGUGUUUGAUUUAUAAAAUAUGUUAUUAUUACCCGUUAUAUAUAAGAUUUAUGGUAUACAUUUAAACUUUUUAUGUAAAUUCAAUUUUGUUCGACUUUACAAAGCAGGUUGUGACCUGUCUACACUGUUGAUACAAAGUAUAUGAGGUCAUUAAAAUCAGUUUGAGAAUUUUCAUCAUUGUAAAGAUUGUUUUAACUACAUGGUCAAAUGUAUUUGUUAUUUUUGUUAAAAGUGAUAAGCUCUCAUGCUAACGAGUAAAGUCUAAAAUUCUGUCAUCUUUUCUCAAUUUCAGUAUUGGGUAACGACAAUAUAUGGUGACCUCUGACCUUUUGUCUGUGUUUUGGUGACAUGAGAAGUUUAGUUAAUGCUUGUUCAUUAUAUAACAUAAGGUCCUUUUGAAUGAAUUCCUGAAUAAUAUGACUUUGUUUUCAAACAAUAGCACAGAGUUACAUAAUGUGUAAUAUAUUGAAUUUGAUGCACAAUUUAUAUUUAAUAUAAAUCAUGUGAAAAUUUCACUUCAACA